UCACACACAAUGAAAGGAAAAAGACAAAAAGAAGUCGCUUCAUUCAUUUAUCUGGAAACAUUAAUGGAUAGAACACCUUAAGUGAGCCACUUAAAUAAAUAAUCGCUGGAUUUUGUGGCUGAAGCGAAGAAGAAAGAAAGAGAACAAGGAAUCACGAAAAGAAGGAUCGGGGCCGAUCAUGGGAGAUUCCGACACUGGCUCAGGUGCAAAUGGAACGAAGAGGGAACUUGUCCAGAGCAUCUUUCCACAGAAGAAGAUCUUAUUUCAUUCCUGGUUUCAGCUCCUGCUUCUAUUUUGUGUUUUGGCCUUAGGCUUGUGUUACACCCUGUCCAGCCGCCCGCUGUCACUAUGGCAGAGCUUCCCACUGCAGGAACAAUACCAGUGGUUUUUAAACCAGAACAGUAGGGUUAAUGCACCUGCUUACCGCAUUCAUCCCAAAAACAAAGUUAUAUUAAACAAAACCACUGAACCUUCGACUGUGCGAUCUACCUCCCUCCAGUACCACCAAGCCUAUCCACGCAACUACCAUUUUCUUAUGGAUAACACAGAGGUUUGCAAGAACAAGAUCCCAUUCCUGGUUCUCAUGGUUCCAGUGGAACCAAAAAAUGUGGCAGCUCGGGACGCGAUCCGCCAGACAUGGGGCAAAGAAAACAUAGUUCAGGGUGAGGUGGUACUCACUUUAUUUAUGUUGGGUGUCUCUAGAGAAGAUGAUGUUGAGAAGCUCAAACAGGAAAAUUUGCAGCACCAUGAUCUGAUCCAGAGUGACUUCACAGACAGUUAUCUAAACCUAACAAUCAAAACCAUGGUGAUCAUGGACUGGCUAAGUACACACUGCCCUGCAGCAGCCUAUGCCAUGAAGAUUGACUCUGACAUGUUUCUGAAUGUUGACAAUCUAGUAAUCAUGCUAAAACAGCCGGGCAUCCCCAAGACCAACUACCUGACAGGGAUGCUUAUGUGGAACAGACCAGUCAUUCGUUCCAAGAACUCCAAGUGGUAUGUGCCUGAGGAAUUGUAUCCAGAGCCUGAAUACCCGACCUACACACUGGGUAUGGGAUAUGUCUUUUCUAAUGAUCUUCCAGAGAAAUAUGUGGAAAUGUCAAAGUCAGUCAAACCCUUUAACAUUGAGGAUGCUUAUAUUGGGAUGUGCAUGAAAAAGCUUGGACUUGCCCUCACAGCACCACCAACACCCUCCCAGUUCAAGGCCUAUAACUAUGCAUAUAAUCGCUGUGAAUUUUCCAAGGUCAUUACAUACAUUCUUGGUUCUUCUAAACAGCUGCUGGAUUAUUGGACAGACCUGAAAAAGCCUGGGCCACCUUGUCCUUAACACCUUAGCUUUAUGCUAGAGUUUUAAUGUAUUUAUAGAUUGUUAUAAACUACCGAAGUUAUUUAUUUUUUUAAAUGUGAUUUAGAGUUACUUGUUUGGAAAGGUGAAGGUGAACAAUUGCUUCAAGGUUUUAUAGGUUUACCAGGUCUCAUUGGGGUGCACUUUUACAUGUGUGAUUAUUAUGUGAGAAUGCUGAGGUUACUUAAAUGCGUUUACAAAUAAUACAGUUGGGGUUAAACAUUAAAUUGACUGCUAAUGAAAGGUGUAAA